UUUACAGAUGAUGGAAGGACAUCAUUUGCAUAAUCUCCACCACCACUAAAACCAUAUAGAUUGCUUACACAAUCUCUGGCUAUCGAAGCUUAUUAUUAAUAUAAAAGUUUAAGACUUAUGUUUUGUUCUUUUCCAGUGCAGGUCACCAUAAUUGCAAAUUUAUUUGUUUGUUAUUUGAGUUGUUUAAUUUCAGUGGUUUUAUUUUAGAUAACUGCACUCUUCCUGUGUCUUCAUUAACUUCACCUGUAGAAUCAGCAUCCUCAGGCUCACAGUCUGACGUAAGCCAAGGACUAACACCACGAGACUCAGAAGUUUUUGAUUUUGGUGUUCAAGACAACUGUGAACAGUCCAUAUUUGAAAAGAAGAAAAUGAAGACACGCUCCAGCUCAUUGUCAAGGUUUUUUUCGCGGGGAAAACAGCGAAAGCCUGUGUUUAAGCUGGUAGUUAGAGAAUUCCCAGACAUUGACAAUGUGAAUAAGCUUCCCACCAGCGCAAGUUUUGCCGAGAAAAAGCGUGUGUGGGAAUUACACAAGGACAUUCCCAUGGUGUGCUGGAAAGCCAACAUGGUUUUAGCUUGGCUGGAGGUUGAAUGCCAGAUGCCUAUGUACUCACAAAUGUGCUAUGAGAACAUUAAAAGUGGGAAACUUUUGUUGGAGCUUAAUGAUAGUGAGUUAGAAGCUGGACUUGGUUUGGGAAACACAAUGCACCGACGCAAAUUGAGGCUGGCCAUUGAGGACUACAGGGACCCAUCAGUUGUUAAGUACCCUGCAAUUUCCUCUGUGGAUCACAUUUGGGUGUCCCGUGGGUGGAUUAGAGAGCUGGGUCUUAGCCAGUAUUGCUCUGCAUUUGAAGCUCAGAUGAUUGAUGGAAGGUUAUUAAAUGUUCUUACAAGGAAAGACAUGGAAAAAUACCUUAAUGUCAGCAAGAAAUUCCAUCAGAUAACUAUUCUUCAUGGCAUAAGGUUGCUACGCAUGAUGGAGUUCAACAAGGAGUUGUUAGUGGAUCGUCGAAGGCAAAGUGAAGAUAAUGACUUGGAUCCUAUUGUCUGGACUAAUGAGAGAGUUGCAAAGUGGUGUCGUUCAGUGGACCUGGGUGAAUACGCUGACAACUUGAGAGACAGCGGUGUUCAUGGUGCUUUGUUAGUCCUUGAUCCUUCAUUUGGUGCCAGUGAACUUGCUCAAGUUCUUGGUAUCCAUUCCUCCAAGAACAUCAUCAGAAGACAUUUGACAGCUGAGCUUUUGUCUGUGUUGAUACCAGCAAGAGAUGCAGUAGAUUCUGGGGAGACUGAAAUCAAAGGCAAACAGAAACAGAAGAGACAGCGUUCCCUGAGUUUCAGCUCUGGUAGCAGAAGCAGCAUGCAGUCAGACAUAAAACGACACAGUCUUAGGGAUUCAUUGCUGCUUCGAUCUCAGGGUACAAAGUACAGACCGACAAGAACCAGCAGCGAUGGAACUGAUGUCUCCACCUCAGUCUACCCUGGCGUGCAAAUGAGACGUUCAUUUAGAAGAUCUCGCUUGAGACCUAAAUCAUCUUCACAAUAAAGAGAAGUAAUAUUAACUGUUCGAUGUAAAAUAAACCGCCACAAACGCUCCACGUAGUACCAAGUACAAGUGUAGUUUGAAAUUGAGGCUUUAUGGUGACAAUAAUUUUAUUUCAUACAUUUGUUGUAUAUUGUUGUAGUAAAUGCCUCUGUCCCUGGAGCGCCUAUCAGAAUUUUAUUUUUUUAUUGUCAUUCUUGUCUCCAAAAUUUUUAGCUCAUUUCAAAAGAAUUACUAUGCGGUGUUUUUCCUUCCAUUACGUCGAGAGUCAUUGAGAGUUUGUCACAGUCCAUGUUGAAUAAAAGUAGGAGUGCAUUCAACUUCUUUUCGCUCAAUCGUUAACUCGGCAAUCAAAAAUUUUAUUAGUAUUUCCUGGUUGUCAGGAAUCUUCGUUAUGUGUACGGGCGUUUGAUUACUCAAGCAAAGCCUUUUGUUUCUUCAGUCACAUUUGGUUAAUUGUGCACUCCCUGCAUUAAAACUGAACUAAUUAUCAGUGUUGACGCAAAGCGUUAUCGUUUCAAGGGUUAUUUUAUACUUGACGUAUUUUUGUAUUCCGACUUUACAAGAGGAAGGAAAACGUUGCGCUUCGCUUACAUUAUGACGCAACAAAUUUGCGAGAGGUUGUUAUGAGACCGGCUAUAUGACAUAUGACGUAAAUAUGACGUCAGUGUGACGUUUAAUUUGACUAUGGUUACUCUACCCAUGUUUACAUGGAAUGGUAAUCACACCAGACAAAUUGAAUUCUGUUAGAACUACACCACUUAUUUUUGCCAGAUCUUUUUAUUGUGCAAAAUUAGUAACCACGAAACGGCUAGAAAUAUCGUAGGUAUUAGUCAUGUAGUUGUACGGUGAAACAAUCUAGUUAUACAAGUCGGUUUGACGCUUGUUUUAAAGGUGUCUGUAUUAGUAAUUACAAGUGGUAAUGAAUCUGCUGUAACAUGGUUUGGUGCGAAACAACACUGUGUUUGUGUUUAGUGCUAAGAACACAGCAAUGUAUCAGACCAUCUUAUAAGAAGCAUUUACGGUAAUGCCAUUUAUUUUAGCGUGCGCAAACGGUCUCUAAAAUUUUGUCGGGACCAAUUUUAAGAUGUACAAAAGCCACGUGCAAAUAUUGAGAAACGGACAUAACUUCCCGUCCAAAAUAUAAACAUAAUUACUCGGCUGCCGUCAACAUUAUUACCACUAACAUAUCGCGCAAAAACGAGGGAACCCCAUCUCAACCAAAUAGAAAAGGAAUUUUAAACAUUAGAAAUAGAUUAUACGCAAGAAAAUGGAAAUUCGGAUCACUCAAUGAUCCUAGAUGUUCUUUUACGACACAACGUUUUACACUUUUACAUUUUAGAUUGUAAUAUAUAGAAAUGAUGAACAAUUUUAAUUUAAUACUUCUGAAGAGCGAUAUUUAAUUUAGAUUAUUUGAAAGAAUUCUAAUUUAUUUAGUUGUCUUAAUAGAGAACUGUGUGUAACAAUUUAGGCUACCUAGUAGUAGAGUCUUUCAAGAGAUUUCACGAUUUUAAUUAUUUCCUUUGCGAAGGCUGUUGUUAUCGUCAGAAAUCAGAAAAUCUUAAUAUAUUUGCAUUGCCAACCGUCAUACUAUUUUUAUUAUUAUAAACAAGAUGAUCUAGAAAAGCAAAAUGAAUUUUUUUGUCUUAUCUCGAACAAGCAGUCACUCUGGAAGUCAAAUCGUGAUAAAAUUUAUGUACUUUUUAACUCUUAUUGAAUCGAUAGUGCAUUCAAAUGAAAGCUGCGCUUCUUCCAUUUCAUCCUGUUCAAUGCAAAAUGAACUUUUAUGGUUUUUUUUUUGUAGUUUUGAUCUUUGAGAGUGCGAUGGGCAUGCAGUUUCUCCUCGACAUAAUUAUUUUAAAAUUUCAGAUAACAAGAAAAGGGAAAGUGAUGGAAAUGAUUUGAAUAUAUUCCCAACUUCUCCUGUCUUGAAGCUCUUGAACUAUAAGGUUUGUACGAGGAGAAUUGUGAUGUUGAUAGCUGGACAUGUUUACACCAGUCUUUAUCCUGUUUAGCUAGCAUUCGCUGUAAACCAUACCUUUACGAUGACAAGUGAAAUAAAUAUUAUGAAUUCAACA